CCCAGACGGCCAUUUGUAGCGGCGCUGGAGGCUGCGUUCGGCAGGCGCUGCGAAGUCGUGUGGAGGAGCGCGCCCCCAGGCCGCCGCAGCCCCUCGCCGUUGCGGUCCCCUCGCUUCUCCGCGCCUCGGGCGGGACCCGGCCAGCCCAGGCGCCGCGCUGCCGUCCUGACCGGCCCUCUAGCAGCUCCCGGCGCCCGGGACCCCCACCCGGCCGCUCGCCCGCAGCCCGCCGGCCGCACACGUCCCCGGAGCCGGGCCUAAGGCGGGCGGCGGCUCGGCGUGGCCGGGCUGGGCUCGGCGGCGUCCCCAUGGCCGCGGCCGGCUGGCGGGACGGCUCCGGCCAGGAGAAGUACCGGCUGGUGGUGGUCGGCGGAGGCGGCGUGGGCAAAUCGGCGCUCACCAUCCAGUUCAUCCAGUCUUAUUUUGUAACGGAUUAUGAUCCAACCAUCGAGGAUUCCUACACAAAACAGUGCGUGAUAGAUGACCGGGCGGCCCGGCUAGAUAUUCUGGAUACAGCGGGACAAGAGGAAUUUGGAGCUAUGAGAGAACAGUAUAUGAGAACUGGCGAGGGUUUCCUUUUGGUCUUUUCAGUCACAGAUAGAGGCAGUUUUGAAGAAAUCUAUAAGUUUCAAAGACAGAUUCUCAGAGUAAAGGAUCGUGAUGAGUUUCCAAUGAUUUUAAUUGGUAAUAAAGCAGAUCUGGAUCAUCAGAGACAGGUAACACAGGAAGAAGGACAGCAAUUAGCACGGCAACUUAAGGUAACAUACAUGGAGGCAUCAGCAAAGAUUAGGAUGAAUGUAGAUCAAGCUUUCCAUGAACUUGUCCGGGUUAUAAGGAAAUUUCAAGAGCAGGAAUGUCCUCCUUCACCAGAACCAACACGGAAAGAAAAAGACAAGAAAGGCUGCCAUUGUGUCAUUUUCUAAGAAUCCCUUGAAUUUUAGCUACCAACUGCCAGGAAAGCCCUCAUCUUCUCCUCCUCUCCUUACAGUUUACAUCACGUUGGUACCUUUCUAGCCUUAGAUAAAUGAUCACCGUGGUAGCCUUAGACCAAGAAGCUGGCUAAUCCUUUCCAUGAAGCUAAUCCAAUGGUCAUUUCAAGACAGAUUUAAUGGAAACACUAAGGCUGCUUCAAAGAUUAUCUGAUUCCUUUAAAAUGUAUAUCUAUAUACACAGAUACAUUCUUUUUUUUUUUUUUUUUAAAGCUUACUUUUAAUAGGGAUGAAUCAGUUUUGGAAUCUAAGCUGUUUGCCAAGCUGAAGUCAUCGGUUGUGAAAUAACUUUUAACUUCUGGAAUCAUAUUGCCUACUGUUACUCUAAAUAGAAACAUAGGGAGUUUUUUAAAAUGUGAAUUUUUGCCUAUCUCUAAAAAUUUUGAUGUCAACUUUAGUUAACCUUAAAUACACUGAAUUGAAUCCACAAACGUGAGACAUCUCAGACCUUUCCUGAUGCUAUAGCCUUUGUUUUCCAGUGGCCAAAAUACCAAAAUGCCUAUUGUAUUUAUAGGUUAAAAACUGCGUGUAAAGCCUUUGCUGUUACUCCUACUCUUAAAGAUAAUAUUCUGUAUGGCCAAAUAUUUGGACUCAUUCUGGACUUAGGCAUUUCACUGUUCUUGGUAUUUUAAUUUAACUCUUUUUCACAGCCAUGUUGAGAGUAAAAAUAAAUAAUUUCUGUCUGUCUUCCUUUUCACGUAUUUCUGGAUAAGGGAUUCAAAAAACUAAAACUGUUUUUGUUUUGUAAUAUAAAAUAUGGAAUUGAUCUUUCCAGGGUCAGAGAUGAUUAAUGUUUUGCUAUAUACUUUUAUACAUUAUUUUCUUAUCAAACUAGUUAACAAGUAUUUUUAUAUGUUUGUAAGCAAAUAUGCUUUCACAGCAUACCUUGUGUAUAUGUAAAGAUAAGUAUUUAAUUCUCACUGUUCACUUUUAACUGACAAAGAGAAAAAAAAAGUGAAAACUACAAAAACUGUGGUAGAAUCCUACAUGCUGUUCUGGUCCUGGUUGUACCCACCUCUGGCCAGUCACAUAGCUACUCAAUAAACCUUCCCAAUAGAGUACAACAGGAUGAGAAUCUGAAAUCACUUCCAGUAUCCCCUACUAGAUAUUGACUGUUCUAUCAAGUAGCAAGUGGUAAAACCUUUAACUGACAAGUAGUAUAACUGUAGAUGACUUCCGACUUUGUUUUUUAAUUCUGUGGAUUGUGUUUAAACAAUUCAAAAGUUUUUUCCUGAUUUUGAGAUACUAAGUGGUAUUGCACAGUUGUCACUUUAUUGAAUGUGUACAACAGUUUCAUGAAGUUUAUAAAGCGUACCCUUGUAUAGCUUCAGGUGCUAGAAUUAAAAUUGAUCUGUUAUCACAAGA